GCGACACGAAGCGCUGAGAUCAUUAACUACGAUAUACCUCAUAGCGCGUCAGUGCGGGGUUUAAAGCCUGCUCAAAACACAGACCCAAUUUCGGAAUCCCACGGAAACGGACAAGUGGGAAUUAGAGCAGAAAGGGUUUGUCUCAAAAUAUUACUCGUUGCAAAUACGAUCCGAGUCUCGUCGAAUUACUUCAUCUGCAAGAAACCGGAUAUUUUUUUUACGUCGCCUUCGUGUUUUAUACGUGGAGAGGAGGGCACUAUUUGCCAAGCCACACACACACACCCGGACUGUGACAUCUAACUGCGUCUCUCUUCACUAUGGCGAUUAUAAACGAUAACAUUAACGAUAUUUCCACUUUGAAUUUUUGGCGAGCCUUGUCGGCGGAAAUGCUUGGAACCUUGUUAUUGGUGUUCCUGGCAUGUGGUUCAGCGGUCAACUGGUCCGAGUCCAGCGAAAUGCCGCCGCAAAGAAUCGUCCAAAUCUCUCUUACAUUUGGGCUAUCCGUGGCCACGAUCGUUUGGGCCAUUGCCCACGUCAGUGGCGGACACAUCAAUCCAGCGGUCACCAUCGGUUUUUUGGUCACCCGCAAGAUCACCAUCGUACGAGGGGUUCUCUAUAUGAUUGCCCAAUCUAUCGGGGCAAUCGUGGGUGCAGCUAUCCUGUACGGAGUAAGCCCGGAAGACCGGAGGUCAGCUCUGGGUGCAAACGGUCUGAAUGAGAUCACCCCUGCCCAGGGAUUCGGUGUGGAGCUCAUCAUUACGUUCGUCUUGGUCUUCACCGUCUUCGCCACUGUGGAUGGACAGCGCCAUGAUCUCAGAGGUUCUGGACCGCUAGCUAUUGGAUUAUCCGUUGCAAUCUGCCAUCUUUUUGCCAUCAGCUACACGGGGACGGGAAUGAACUGUGCACGAAGCCUGGGACCUGCUGUGAUCACUGGGAAGUGGGAUGAUCACUGGGUGUACUGGGUUGGACCUUUAGUGGGAGGAACCCUCGCUGCUCUACUGUACGAGUUCGUCUACUCGGCAAAGUCCGUGUCACGCUACGAUAAGAGACGCAAAGUAACGGAUACUGAGGAUUCCGAAAUGAAAACAACCGAAGUUGCCCAAGCCUGAAAUCAAUUCAUAAACUUCAUGAAAAUAUUUUUGGCUGUUCUAUAAUCAUAUUUCCCACAGCGCAUACGUCGAUCCAAAUCAAAAGUGUCUUUCCGCGGAUCUACAUUUAUCAAUACGAUUGCUUUAUAUUUCCAUUGCAAUCAACGUUAUACAUACUACAGAUUAAAGGGAAUGCAUAUAAAUGAAGGACUUGUAGAAACACAGAAUGCGUUUCUCCUUUCAGACGUAGCUUUCUGCUACAUGCAGUAUGACCUUUUCGUUGCUCAAGAUUUCUGUACAAAAUUUGCUGGUUGUGGAGAAGAGGUAAAGCGACCAUAUAGAGCUGCGCAUGCGCUAUGAGGGGUAUGAUUAACAAUGUAACUUUUUUUUUUACAGCAAAUGAUAUUAUCUAAGUGAUUAUAUUACACAUUAGCUAAGUAGACAUUUGACUCGUACGUUGCAUGCCAUCAGCAUUUCUGCAUAUGGAAUUAUUUAAACAAUACCUUUCUCGACGCUAUCACGGCAUUUUCUCUUUUUAUAAUUGUGGUCGAUAUUAAAUCUACUUAAUCAGAUUGGCUGACAAAAACAUUGAGCGCCACAUUGAAAGGUUCUCCAACUGGGGAUUACGUUACGAACGUCUUACGUCAUUGCUGAUUACGUCAUGCAUUUAUCUACGCAGUGUACAAUUUCAGAUUUUUUUGUUCUUGUUUUAAAAUGACUCGGUACAAUUGCUAUUAAUACAUUAACAUAAAGCACCCAAUAACAAAGGGAUCGUUUUAAACGACAAUUUCAAAGUUCCUGCUUCAGUUAAAGAAGCUAAUGGUGUUUUUUCUGCACCGAUAUAUACCACGAGACCACGUGUAGCACUGGGAGCGGCCUGCUUAUACCAGCAGUACAGUUAAGAUAGCGGAGAUUUUCCAUUAGUUCAGUCGGGAGAUUUUACUGUAUUUUACAUCAGGAGAUCCGACUACAAAUCCCGAUCAGAUGUUUCAACUAUAACGCUCGGGUUGACGCCAUCAUAAGGACGAUUUUAGCUAAUCGUACCAACAAAGAUCAUGGGAAUAUGCAAGAAAAAAGGCCAUUUUCACACUCUGAAUAUUUUACUCGUAGUCCACGCGUCUAAAUCUGAACACAGAAUAUGAGUUGGCAUGGAUUUAUUUGAGUUUGAAUCUUCUAGUCUGAUCCUUAGUGUGCGUCGUCACUUAGUGUGCCUCUGUGUAAUUGUUUUGGUAGGUGCGUCCUUGUAAACUAAAUGUUAAAACGUAUAAUGCUAUUGGGACUUAAUGUACAUGUGUAUUGGAAAUACUGUUCUUCCUUCAACUUCUUGCAAGUUGUGAAACUCAUGGAUAAGGUAAAAUACUCAAAUGAUCGAUAUUUUGUCUGAUUAUAUCUCAUGUUCAUCGAUGUUUGUACCUGUAGAAAUAGAAAUUGACUUGAAUAAAAAAUAUAAAUCUUU